AUGGUUGCACGGAUUGCUGAACUGGAGAAGGCAUUGAGCAUCGUGGCCAGCACGAGGAAGGAUGACUUGCUGCCUGUCUCAUAUCUCGAUCAACCGCAAAGCGUCCGACCAUCAGAUGAUCAAGCCCAGCUCACAUCGAGUCACCUGCCACAUGAACAGCAGGACGCAUCUGGGGACCAUAUCCACCAAGCUGAUAUCCUCCUCCAGGAAGAUGCGGCAAGUCGUUACUUUAGUGAUGAUGUUUUAUCAAGAGUCGUCAAUGAAGAUCGCAAUCAUUCGAGCACUACAUUGACAGUAUCACCUAUCAAAAUAAAUCCUCCACCUAUGGACAGCUCCUCGCCCUUCAAUCCUCUAGGGAUAUUGUCCGUGCCCGGCAUGCUUCAUCCCCCAUAUGCUCUUCAUCCGACCAAGAGUGUAGCAGCUUUGCUAUGGAGACAAUAUGUCGAAGUUGUGGAGGAAUGUGCAAGCUGCAAGAUACUUCAUGUUCCUACGGAUGAGAUUACCGUAUUCAGCACUAUCGAAGACCCCUCUUCAGCUUCAGCUGAGAACCUUGCACUGUGUUUCGCUAUAUACUUCGCCUCGUGCGCUUCUCUAGAAGCUCGAGAAGUAGAAAGUAUAUUGCAUCAAGAUGGCUUCCAAGGCGCACUAGCCCUGAAACACGGCUUUGAGCAGGCGUUGGCUCACUCGAACUUCUUGGACAUGCCCUCAGAUACAACUAUUAAAGCACUGACUAUUUAUAUUGGUGCAUUGAAUAUUCAACAUCGAGGUAAAGGUACUUGGAUUGUCAACGGACUCGCCAUGCGUGCCGAUCGCUCGCUCGGGUUUCAUGUCGAUGGUAGACGUCUGGCAAUAUCACCCUUCCGUGCGGAAAUUCGGCGUAGGAUAUGGUGGUGCCUCAAUGUUUUUGAGAGACGCGCCCAUGAAGACUACGGUUUGCCGGGCGCAAGUGAUAGCGUCCAAUCUCCGUCCGUCAAUUUACCACUAAAUGUGAAUGACGAAGACCUGUAUCCAGAUAUGGAUAGCCUGCCACAGCCGCGUGAGGGGUGGACGAGCAUGACACCCACACUCAUCAAUAUUGAAGCUUUCACUACUAUCCGAGAGUGUACAGCCCACUCAUCGGCGGAAAACUCUCUGGAAGAUGUUCGGCAGCAGAUCAUGGCGCGUGGCAGAGAUGUUGUCAACAAAUACAUCCAGCACGCUAAGCUCGUCGUGCCCCGCCAACGCCACAUGAUCCUUGUCUCGAGGUUUGUGCUGCGCAAGCUCGACUUCGACUCACGGUUGAAAUGGCAGAUUCGAAGAUCUGGGGCGUCACCCGACCAAUUUAUAACGGAGGAGAACAUGGUCGAGGCACUUGAAGUCAUGGAUCUCGCUCGUUCCCUGUAUACCGAUGAGUUGCUAAAGAAGUACGCUGUUUCGUCCCGGGCCUAUACUCAGUAUAAUAUCAAGCUCUACAUACUGUAUCAUCUCUUUAUCAGGCCGCUUAGCCCAAAUGCUGAGCGCGCUUGGAAGCUCAUCGACGAUCAGGUGGCUCCUUGGAGCGGUUUCGAUGCGGAAAUCGUGGGCCCCAAAGCUGAGUUUCUUCAAACAUUGCUUACUAGGGCUAAAGAACACAGGGCCAGGGCGUUCACAGAGCAGGCGACGAGUUUGGGAGAUAAACAACUUGUUGUUAUCGCGAGCCAUUGUGAACUUGCGAGCGGCCAUUUAGGUGAUAUAAGCACAGGCGACAACUGGUCGAGUCACCUUACCAUACCAUCAAUUAUUCAGGGGGGGUUUCUCGAUGACACUAUAUUUCAACAGCUGGACUGGACAGCUCUUAGUAUGAAUUAA